AUGAUUUCUGGCUCUGACGGUGUCCAUCACAGGACGGACGAAAGCUCAACCCGUAUUCAUCGGGGGCGCAAGAUGGUGAUCCGAGGUCUACUUCGCACAAUUCAACAGAUAAAAGUCCAAGGCAAUCAUCCUGCGAUAUCCGGUGAGGCCAAUCUACGAAUUAGUUCGGCCCGCCUUCUCAAACGAAAUGAAAGGCACGCCAGUAUCAAGAUAAAACUGCCGUUUAUUAUGGUUUGCAACGCUCUUCUGGGAUGCAUCGCUCAAUCAAGUUCAUUGACAUAA